AUGGCACCUACAUCGUUCUAUAUCCAGGCUCUGCCUCUCUUGUCUGGUCUGGUGUUUGCAGCGGAUUAUCCUGGCAUACCAACAGACCUGACUACCCCUGUGCAACAACGCAUCGCGUUCAAGGGUCCCAAUGCCAUCUCUGUUGGCUGGAACACCUACGAGAAGCUGGCCCAAGGCUGCGUUCAGUAUGGCAAGUCUGCGACCAGCUUGACCUCUCAAGCAUGCUCCACUCAGUCUCUGACCUAUGGGACUUCUCGCACCUGGGCCAACUCGGUAACACUCUCUGGACUCGAUGCUGCAACCACCUACUACUACAAGAUUGUUUCUACCAACUCGACCGUCAACCAUUUCAUGACUGCUCGUACUCCAGGAGACAAGACUAGCUUCAACGUGGAUGUUGUCAUCGAUCUCGGUGUCUAUGGUCAAGAUGGCUACACAACCUCCCGCAAACGCGAUAUUCCAUACGUUCAGCCCGCGUUGAACCACACCACCAUCGGUGCGCUUGCUCGUACCAUUGACAGCUACGACUUUGUGUUGCACCCUGGAGACUUUGCCUAUGCCGACGACUGGUACCUGACGCCAAAGAAUGUUCUUGAUGGCAAGAAUGCCUACGCAGCCAUUCUCGAGAAUUUCUUCGACCAACUGGCCCCUGUCGCAGGCAGGAAGCCAUAUAUGGCAUCCCCUGGCAAUCAUGAGGCUGCAUGCACAGAGAUUCCUUACACAACUGGUCUGUGCCCUGAAGGUCAGAAGAACUUCACGGACUUCAUGACUAGGUUCAAUGGCCUCAUGCCCACUGCUUUUCCCUCCCAAUCCAGAAAUGCCACAGCCCAAGCCUCAGCAAAGAAAGCCCAAGGACUGGCCAAUCCACCCUUCUGGUACUCGUUCGAGUACGGAAUGGCCCAUAUCGUGAUGAUUGACACCGAAACCGACUUCCCAUCUGCACCCGAUGGCCAAGGCGGCAGUGCAGGCCUCGGCGCUGGUCCCUUUGGCAGCACACCAACCCAACAACUCCAAUUCCUCGACGCUGACCUGGCCUCCGUUGACCGUACAAUCACUCCUUGGCUUAUCGUCGCCGGUCACCGUCCCUGGUACUCCACCGGCGACUCCAAGAACAUCUGCGGCCCAUGCCAAACAGCCUUCGAGCCCCUCUUCUACAAGUACGGCGUUGAUCUCGGUGUCUUUGGCCACGUGCACAACUCCCAGCGCUUCAACCCCGUCUACAACAACGUCGCUGACUCCGCAGGCCUCAACAACCCUAAAGCUCCUGCCUACAUUAUUGCAGGCGGAGCAGGCAAUAUUGAGGGCUUGAGUGCUGUGGGCGCCAAUUACUCGACCAAUGUGUUUGCGUACGCAGACGAGUUUAGCUAUGCGUCGCUCAAGUUCAAGGAUGCGAACAAUUUGCAAAUUGACUUUAUGAGAAGUGACACUGGAGAGGUGUUGGACUCGAGCGUGUUGUACAAGCAGCACAAUGUUGCCUUUGUCAGGAAUUGA